AUGUCUGGUUUUGAUAUUACAAUUAUUAUUCAUGGUGACAAAAAAGGACAAUUACCUAAACCUUUUAAUAAUCGUCCUGGGUAUGAUAUGAAAUAUGUUAUGGCAAUUAUUAAUAAAUAUGAUUAUUAUAAUAGUGAACGAAUUAAAAAUGUUUUUGAGAUUGAAAAAUUAUACGAUAAUUUGUCUAUUGUAAAACAGGGUGAAAGUUUUAUUAAGUGGGCUCUACGAGUUAGAAUCAAUCUUCAAGACUUAUUAAGCGAGAAUAAACUUGGUAUGUAUCAUAGAUAUUGCUUAUUCGCUUCUUAUCCUGGAGGUAGACUUGAAGAUUAUAAUAAUUACCAAAACUACUACAGACCAAAACCACUUAAGAAUGGAACUGCGAUCUGUUUUGGAUGUUGGAAAAUUUUUCGUGUUAAUGUUAAUAUAAAACCCAAAAAAAUAUUUGAUCGUCGACGAUGUAUAGAAACUAUAGAAGCUAGAGAUCUGAUGCUAGAUCAUUGGGAUCACAAAUGCGAUAAACCUAAAACCGAUUUUGGGCGUGCAAGGAUUAUACAAAGGGCUUGGAGAAAUUUUAAGAAGAGACCUGAAUCGUUGGCUGCUAAAGUCUGGAAUGCAGUAAGAAAUGAUGGCACUCCUGACGAAGAGAAAUUUUUAGGUAUAACUACUCGCAAAGUAAAAAAUCUUCAAACUCGGGAUCAAUUCAAUCUGUGGCGUAAUAAUAUUAUCACAAUGUAUAAAAAAGAAAAAAACUUUGAUAUGCUCUUCCUCUAUCAAAAAAGAUAUGAAUAUGAAGAAUAUUAUAUUCCGGGUGAUUGGACAAGUUUCAAGAAACAUCAACUACAACAAAGAUUGAGAAAUCAUGUUGACAAGUUGUUCAUUGAACGAGGUUAUAAAAUUGUCUGGGGAAGUUGGGAUACGUUGCUGAAAUGUAUCAAAAAUCCAGAUGAUAAUUAUAUUAUUGAUAA